AUGUCGAACGCAAACCGCCCUCACAUCCUCCCAAAGCUCAACUUCAAGAACUUCAAGAACUUCCUGCUCUCGCAGACUGCUGGCAACAGCUCUGCGCAGGAAGCGAACGACAAGCGAAUGGAACAGAUGUCUGCGGACGAGAAGAAAUCUGGUGGAGACGAGGGAAAGGAGGAGGAAUGGACUUUGGUCGACUCGGAGAAAGAGAGGAUUGCAAAGGAGUUGAAGGCGGAGGCAGAGGUACGGACGGAAAAUGCGGUGUUGGAUGAGAUCGAGGAGAGCUUUGGGCCUACCGUUGGGAAAUAG